AUGACGGCUGAAGAAACAGUGAAUGUAAAAGAAGCUGAAAUAAUUAAACUAAUACUAGAUUUUCUGAACUCAAGGAAACUUCAUAUCAGUAUGCUGGCACUUGAGAAAGAAAGCGGGGUCAUUAAUGGCCUGUUUUCAGAUGACAUGCUUUUUCUAAGGCAAUUGAUUCUUGAUGGUCAGUGGGAUGAGGUUCUUCAAUUUAUUCAGCCUCUUGAAUGUAUGGAAAAAUUCGACAAGAAAAGAUUUCGUUACAUUAUAAUGAAGCAGAAGUUCUUGGAAGCCUUAUGUGUAAACAAUGCAAUGUCAGCAGAAGAUGAGCCUCAGCAUGUAAGAAUUGCCUCUCUAAAACUGGAAUUUACAAUGCGAGAGGCUGUGCAAUGCCUACAUGCACUGGAAGAAUAUUGUCCCUCUAAGGAAGACUAUAGUAAACUUUGCUUGCUACUGACGCUGCCUCGCUUGACCAACCACGCAGAAUUCAAGGACUGGAAUCCCAGCACUGCACGGGUUCACUGCUUUGAAGAAGCCUGUGUCAUGGUGGCAGAGUUUAUUCCUGCUGGCUUCAAAGCAAGUAACAAUCGUUUAUUUCAGCUUGUAAUGAAGGGCUUGCUUUAUGAAUGUUGUGUGGAAUUCUGUCAGAGUAAAGCAACAGGAGAAGAAAUCACAGAAAGUGAAGUAUUGCUGGGCAUUGAUCUCUUGUGCGGUAAUGGGUGUGAUGACUUGGACCUUAGCUUAUUAUCCUGGCUGCAGAAUCUGCCAGCUACUGUUUUUUCUUGUGCUUUUGAACAAAAGAUGCUUAAUAUUCAUGUUGAUAAACUCCUCAAGCCUACAAAAGCUGCGUAUGCUGAUCUUUUGACACCUCUUAUCAGCAAACUUUCUCCUUAUCCAUCAUCCCCAAUGAGACGGCCUCAGUCAGCAGAUGCUUACAUGACCCGCUCCUUAAACCCUGCCUUAGAUGGGCUGUCAUGUGGAUUAACAAAUCACGAUAAGCGAGUCACAGACCUUGGGACCAAAACUUCUCCAAUGUCACACUCCUUUGCCAAUUUCCAUUACCCAGGAGUACAGAAUCUCAGCCGAAGUCUCAUGCUUGAGAACACUGAGUGUCAUAGCAUUUUUGAAGAGUCACCUGAGCGAAGUGAUACUCCCGUGGAGCCGCAGCAUCCCAUCAGCAGUGAGACUUUGUGCCAGAAUUCAGUUCCAGAAAAUGAACCAGUUAAUGGAGCACAGAGUCAGGGAUCAGCCAAACAAGAGAAAAAUGAGCUUCGUGAUUCAACAGAGCAGUUUCAGGAAUAUUACAGGCAAAGACUACGCUACCAGCAGCACUUAGAACAGAAAGAGCAACAACGACAGUUGUACCAGCAAAUGUUGUUGGAAGGAGGUGUAAAUCAAGAAGAUGGAGCUGACCAGCAACAGAAUCUUACUGAACAGUUUCUUAACAGAUCUAUCCAGAAACUAGGAGAAUUAAAUAUGGGUAUGGACAGUCUUGGAAAUGAUGUACAAACACUUAGCCAGCAAUGUAACGGGAGCAAAGGGAAUGCAUCUACCAAUCCAGCAAGUAACUUUACAUCACCACCUUCAGAUGCUAGUCAGAGGAUAGCAACUGAUAGCCAAAAUGUUAACACAAGCACUCCUCGAAAGCGUGGAUCAGCUAAUCAGAUACCCUUUCCUGAAGAGUCACCUGUACAGGGGAAUCAAACUGUGUCAGAGCAUGCUGUCACUCAGCCACAGUUGGAAGACUCUUCAGGGAAUUUAACUAGGACAAGAGGCGAUGAGGAUGACAAAUCAAAAAAGCAGUUCAUUUGCAUUAAUACUCUAGAAGACACACAAGCUGUCAGAGCUGUAGCCUUUCAUCCCAGUGGGAGUUUGUAUGCUGUUGGCUCCAACUCUAAAACUUUGAGAGUUUGUGCCUAUCCAGAAGUAAUUGACCCAAGUGCUUAUAAUACUCCUAAACAACCUGUAGUUCGCUUCAAAAGGAACAAGCAUCAUAAAGGAUCAAUCUACUGUGUAGCCUGGAGUCCCUGUGGACAGCUGUUAGCUACUGGUUCUAAUGAUAAAUAUGUGAAAGUACUGCCUUUUAAUGCAGAAACUUGUAAUGCAACAGGACCAGAUUUGGAGUUCAGCAUGCAUGAUGGGACAAUCAGAGACCUUGCUUUUAUGGAAGGCCCAGAAAGUGGUGGUGCUAUUUUAAUAAGUGCUGGAGCAGGGGACUGUAAUAUUUACACAACAGAUUGUCAGCGAGGACAAGGCCUGCAUGCUCUAAGUGGUCACACUGGUCAUAUUUUAGCACUUUAUACAUGGAGUGGCUGGAUGAUUGCAUCUGGAUCCCAAGACAAGACUGUAAGAUUCUGGGAUCUGAGAGUGCCAAGCUGUGUUCGUGUUGUGGGAACAACAUUUCAUGGAACAGGAAGUGCUGUAGCCUCAGUAGCUGUUGAUCCUAGUGGUCGUCUCCUGGCUACAGGACAAGAGGACUCUAGCUGUAUGUUGUACGAUAUUCGAGGAGGACGAAUGGUGCAGAGCUAUCAUCCUCAUUCCAGUGAUGUUCGUUCUGUUCGCUUCUCUCCAGGGGCACACUACUUGCUCACAGGAUCAUAUGAUAUGAAAAUAAAGGUGACAGACUUGCAAGGGGACCUCACAAAGCAGCUUCCUCUUAUGGUGGUAGGAGAGCACAAGGACAAAGUUAUUCAAUGCCGAUGGCAUACACAAGAUCUUUCCUUCUUGUCAUCUUCUGCAGACAGAACUGUAACCCUUUGGACCUACAACGGCUAGAGUGCAAACAAAGGCAACCUAUGCAGCUAAAGCACAGAGACCUGAGACUACAGAACUGUAAAAACAAAGUAAUAAUAAUUAGGCAUUGAGAGAGCAGCAGUUGAGCGGGAGAGUGUCUCAUCAAGAGGAGGGGCACUCAUCACAGAUUUUUCUGGUUUCUAGGAGGUCUUGGUGUUUUUAGUAUAUUCUUUUGCAGUGCUUUCAGUCUUCCAUGUGAACUCAUGCUGCUGUGACCUAUCGUAGUCUUGUUGCCAAAGUCUGAGGAGAACUCUUAUGUUGUCGAUGUGCACUCAGAGUAACAUGAAUGACGUGUUUACAGUUUGGUAUUAAUUGCAUUCCUUGGUCUUUGCCUCAAUGCGAAUUUUGUAUAGAAACUUAAGUUGAACAACACUUUAAUGAAGUCUGUAUGUAACUACUUCCACACACACAUAAAAGAUAAAUUAUUUCCACUGUUUUUUCAGAUUUACUAUAUUCAUCACUUUU